AUGUCCACACCCAACCUCAAGUAUGUUGGUAAACUGAGUGGCAAGCGCGUCCUUGUCGUAGGAGCAACAUCGGGAAUAGGCCUUUGCAUCGCAGAGGCCGCUGUUGAACACGGAGCCCGAGUGAUCCUAUCCAGUUCGAACCCGACCAAGCUUGACAAAGCCGCCGCCCGACUGCAGCCCACAUAUCCGGGUCUUCUCCAGACAAACCCCCUUACAACUCACGCAUGUGAUCUGUCGGACAGUGAGAAUCUGGAACGAAACCUGACAGACUUACUGAAAGCAGCCAGCCAGUCCGGCAAGCUGAACCACAUUGCGUGGACCGCAGGCGACGCGCUCAGACUCCCACCCCUCGAGGACUUCACAAUCGACUCCUUCAAUCGUGCUGGGCUUGUUCGUUGCGCCGCACCGUUGCUCAUGGCGAAGAUCCUUCCCACUUAUAUGGAUCUCUCCCCGGAAAAUUCCUUUACAUUCACCGGCGGAUCCAACACGCAGAAACCCAUGCGCGGAUGGGCGGUCAUGGUCAGUUGGGGAGCGGCAAUCGAAGGGGCCAUGCGAGGCAUGGCUGUGGAUUUGCAGCCGCUCCGAGUAAACAUUGUCUCCCCAGGCGCGGUGCACACGGAGUUAUUCUCCGGGCUCCCGAAGGAGAAUUUGGACGGGAUGCUGGAUUCUUUUCGCAAGGCUUCAACCACGGGGACCGUGGGAAAGCCAGAGGACGUGGCCGAAGCGUACAUUUACGUUAUGAAGGACCAGUUUACGACGGGGUCGAUCAUUGAAUCUAACGGAGGUAGACUUUUGGUGUAA